AGUAGAAGUUGGUUAUGUUGCCAGGAGUUGGUUUAAGAGCAGCCCACACAACGGGGAGCUGCCUCGCUGUGCUGAUCAUGCUUGUGAGGACUCAGGAGAUGGUCUCAGGUGCAGCGGGCAUGGAUCACAAAGGUGCCGUGCGGAGCCAAACCUGGAGGAACAGUCUGCAGAAAAUCAAGGUCAAGUGGCAAGGUAUAAUGGAACUUUUUUCCGUCAAGGUUGGGAUUGUUUGCAUUCGAGCCAUGAUCACUCAGCUGUUUCUUGCAAUCACCAGUCAGGGGAGACUCUAUGCUUCAGAGACCUUCACUGAAGACUGUCUAUUUAGGGAGCAGAUGGAGGAGAAUCAUUAUACGACUUACUCAUCCCACACACAUCCACGUGUCUUUGUAGCGUUAACCAAGAGAGGGGGGCCCAAAAAUGGAAGCAAAGCCCGUCUGCACCACCCCAGCACACACUUCAUUCCCCGGAUGAUCAGGGGCUCUUGAACCGUGGUGCCUGCUCCUUCCUCAUCAUCACAGAUUCAUUAACUUGUAUGUCUUUAUGUAAAAGUUCUCCUGCCUCUGUGGGGCUUGGGGCUCAUGGACCAAGAGAACUAAGCAGAUUAUUAUCCGACAGAGAAAUAUUGAAUUAUAUUUAAGUUUGAAUUUGCACUGCAAGAGAAUUGUUGGUGGGGAUGUGAGGCUCUGGA